AUGUCGAAAAUGUCACACAAUCCCACUCCUGCUUCUGUUCCAGUUGAAAAUUCUGCUUUAGAUUCUGUUGAAGCAGCUAAAGCUAAACAGAAUUCUUUACGUGAACGUUUAGCUGCAAGACGUCAACUUUUAGCUUCUGUUACCCAUUCUACUAAAACUUCGUCUUCCGCUUCCUUACUUACAAAUAAUAGCAGUACUGGAAUUGGUUCAAUUUGCAAACCUUUUAAUGUUAACCAGUCAACUGUUUCUGUUAUCGAGAAUGCAUUGAAACGAAAACUCGGUGAUAAUAAUAUAACGAGUGUGUCGUCUGAUACACUUUCAGUCAAUUCUCAGUCGAAUAUAACUUCUUUAUCAGGAUUAUUAAAUUCGUCAUCUAGUAGCUGUGAUCAUAUUGGAAAAUGUCCCUGUCACAAAUCGCAAAAUGUAUCUACUGUCGAUUCGAAGCAAUCAGAUCACAGUUGUAAUUUACUCGAUAAAUCAUCUGAUUUCGAAAAAUCAAUUCCUAAACAGUCAAGCAGUAUUCAACAAUUGAAAACAUCACAUCAACACGUGAUCCAUACCUCAGAAACAACGCCAAUAGACUGUGAACGGAAAUCCAAUUUUUCUAAUAUCAGAAAACAAUGUGAAAAUAAUGAGUCAAUAUCCGAUAGAAAUAAACGUCCACUAAUGAUAAAUGUAAUCAUUAUCAAUCUACUAUAA